CCCCUCCCCCUCCCUUCUACCAACAUGUCACAAUCACUCUUCCAAAAACUCACUGCCUUCAUUCAGACCCCUUUGGGUCUUUCGGUUGCCCUCGGCGGUGGUUUUAUCCUCGUCUUCUAUUUCCUCCUUCAAACAAAGCAUCAUCGUCGUGAACCCGUCCUCAGCCCAGAUGCUUGGAGGGAGUUCCCUAUUGUAGAGAAGAUCAAAAUCUCCCCAAACACAGCUCUCUACCGCUUUGGCUUACCGGAUCCUGAGGAUAAUUUGGGUCUUCCUGCUGGACAGCACAUUACUAUUGCUGCCGAGAUUGAUGGAAAGGAUAUCGUUCGAAACUACACUCCCACCACCGGUAAUGAUGAUCUCGGGCACUUUGACCUCGUCGUAAAGACAUAUGAGAAGGGCAACGUCUCUCGUUACCUUUCUCUUCUUAAAAUCGGCGACAAGGGUCAAUUCAGAUACUCCCCUGAACUUGCCGCCGAAUUUGGCCUCAUCGCUGGCGGGACGGGUAUCACACCUAUGCUUCAAGUCGUCCGCUACUCCCUCUUCAACCCUGGUGACCCUACCAAAUUCAGCCUCAUUUAUGCAAACGUCAAUGAGGAGGAUAUCUUGCUGAAGACUGAGUUGGAUUACCUCGUCGCCAUGUUCCCCUAUCGGUUCAAGGUUUACUAUGUUUUGAACAAUCCUCCUGCUGGCUGGAAGGGUGGUGUUGGAUUUGUGUCCAAGGAGCAUAUUGCAGAGUACCUCCCCGGUCCUGGUCCUGAGGCCAAGAUUCUCGUCUGUGGUCCUCCCCCGAUGGUUACUGCUAUGAAAGGCCACCUCGAUGCUCUUAAAUACCCUGCCCCUCGCACAGUCAGCAAGGUCGAUGAUCCUGUCUUCAUUUUCUAG